AUGACCACCAGACCAGCCCGCGCGCACCUCACCGCGCUCUUCCUGCUGGUGGCCACCGUCCCGGCGACGGCAAUCGGCCCAGGGUGGUUCUCAGAGGCCGAUGCCCUACUAGCAUGGAAGGCCAGCCUCGCCAACACAAGCGCGUUGUCCAGCUGGACCCGGGACGCGCCGGUCUGCAACUGGACCGGCGUGAUGUGCGGCCACCGCAACCAUGUCCGCUGGGUAAGGAUCGAAGGAUGCGGUCUCUCCGGCGGGCUCGGCACGCUUGACACUGCGGCACUAACGGGGCUCGCCGUGCUGAACCUUAAGGGGAAUAACCUCGGAGGCGCCAUCCCAGCCAACAUCUCGCAGCUACGCUCCCUCAAGCUUCUCGACCUCAGCAACAACAGGUUCGACGGCUCCAUCCCGUCGCAGCUCAGUGACAUGCACAGCCUGGUCAGCCUCCGGCUCCGCAGCAACAACCUCCUCGGCGACAUCCCGCGCCUGCUCUGCAGCCUUCUCUCCGUCCAGGUACUUGACUUGUCAGACAACCGGUUCACGGAAAUUCCAGCAGCUCAGGCAGGCCAGACCUGCUCUCUCUGGUCGCUUUAUCUCGCUGGAAAUAACUUCAUUGGUGCCUUUCCGCCAGUACUAAACAGAUGUAACUUGCUGGCCACCCUAGACAUCGGGAACAACAUGUUCUUUGGUGGUAUCCCACCGUGGAUCGGGAGUCAGGUCCCAUCUUUGAGAAUACUUAGCCUCAGAUCAAACAACUUCACUGGAAACAUUCCCCCUGAACUAUCACAGCUCUCGCAACUUCAGCUCCUCGACAUGGCAAAUAAUAGCCUGGCAGGAUCAAUUCCCGUAGCCUUUGGUAACUUGACCUCCAUGAAAAAUCCACAAGGUCUUUCAACUCUGGUCGUGCAGGAAGGUGAGCCGACAUACAACGAUAGAAUCAACGUAAUGUGGAAGGGCCAGAAGCUGAUUUUUGAGAGAACGCUCUGGUUAUUAACCGGCGUCGAUUUGUCUGGGAAUUUUCUCUCCGGAUGCAUCCCAGAAGAGUUAACCAACCUUCAGGGCCUCCAGUUUCUCAACUUGUCAAGAAAUCAUCUUUCAUGCGGCAUUCCUCAAGGCAUUGGUAGUUUGAAUUCUCUCGAGUCCCUCGAUCUAUCAUCUAAUGAUCUUUGGGGAGAAAUUCCUCCGAGCAUCUCCAUCUUAUCAGGGCUCAGUAUCUUUAAUGUCUCGCACAACCAUUUGUCGGGCAAAAUACCUGCCGGGAGUCAGAUUCAAACCCUAACUGACCCAUCGAUCUACUCUGACAAUUCUGGGCUAUGUGGAUUUCCUCUCGUCAUUCUGUGUGCAGAUACUUCGCUUCCACCAGAUGGCAUAAACGGCGAAGGGGAGGACCAGUGGUUAUACUACUGUGUGAUUGCUGGAAUUAUUAUGGGUUUCUGGCUAUGGUUUGCGAUGCUCUUUACAGUUCAGACAUGGAGAUGCGGUUUUUACUUCUUUGUUGAUGAUGUGCAAUGUAAGUUUAUGCAGAAAAUGUCACAUUAG